CUCAGCAAGGGGUCCGUCCUCCUCUGUCACUGUCUCUUUUGCCUGUUGUAAUUCUGUCUGCCUCUGACUUGGCCUGUGUCUCUGUGUCUCUGCCUCCCCUCACUUGCUCCUAUUGCCGGAGCCUCUGUCCCUCAUCUUUCCACCUUCCUGUCUCUGCGCUAGUCUUUGCUUUUCUUGCUUUGCCCCCAACGCCCUGUCUUCCCUCUACAUCCAGGUUGCUGCCUCUUUUGGAAUCUGCGGGCUUUCCUCUGCAUUACUGGGUCUGUUGGUCUAGUCAGGAGGGCUUUGGGUCCGGUGGCUGUGGGUGGCCUGCUGCCAAAGGAGGGAGGAGCCCAUGGGGGGCGGGAUUGGCCCUAAAGCCACCUCAUAAAGACUGGGACUGCAAGAGGCUUUCUGGAGGAGUCCUGGAGGGGCUGUUUGUUGCGGCAGGCAGACCCCAGGAGCUCAGCUGGGGCUCUACAGUGUCAUGCCCUGGAGCCCCCUGGCUGCGCUGAGCUGGGCGCUGGUGCUGCGGCUGCUGGCAUUGCUGUGGCCCCCGGGGCUGGGUGAGGCGUGCAGCUGCGCGCCUGCGCACCCCCAGCAGCACGUCUGCCACUCGGCUCUAGUAAUCCGGGCAAAAAUCUCUAGUGAGAAGGUAGUACCUGCCAGUGAAGACCCUGCCGACACUCAAAAAAUGAUCCGGUAUGAAAUCAAACAGAUAAAGAUGUUUAAAGGGUUCGAAAAGGCCAAGGACGUUCAGUAUGUCUACACACCAUUUGACUCCUCUCUCUGUGGCGUGAAACUAGAAACCAACAGCCAGAAGCAGUAUCUUCUGACUGGCCAGAUUCUCAGUGAUGGAAAAGUCUUCAUCCAUCUGUGCAACUACAUUGAGCCCUGGGAGGACCUGUCCUUGGUGCAGAGGGAGAGUCUGAAUCAUCACUACCACCAGAACUGUGGCUGCCAAAUCACCACUUGCUACGCAGUGCCCUGUACCAUCUCAGCCCCCAGUGAGUGUCUCUGGACAGACUGGCUGCUGGAACGGAAGCUCUAUGGGUACCAGGCCCAGCACUAUGUCUGCAUGAAGCACGUUGAUGGCAUCUGCAGCUGGUACCGGGGCCACCUACACCUCCGGAAGGAGUAUGUUGACAUCAUCCAGCCGUAGCUGGGACCAGUGAACACCACAUCCUUGAAGAGUCCCGAAGACCAAGCCAGUUCUCUGUGGUACUCUGACCAUCGCCACCUGCCGUGUUGCAGCUAGAUGAUGGGAAGUGCCAAGUGGGUGGCCUGGCCAGCAUCAUGGCAGUUGUGGAGCAUGUGACAGCUUAUGCCCACAUCUCCAGCUCCCAACUUGUCGAGGGCUGGGGAAGGUAGUUUGACUUAGCUGCCUUGCCCUCAGGUUCUCUCCCUUCUCUCUCAAACUUUGUUAGUCUAGUUGAUACCUGUUACUGAAAGUUUUUAUUCUGGCUUUGUGUUCUCCAGUCAGGAAAAUGUAUGUUCCUUUUCUUAGCUCAUACGGUAAAGGAGAAGCCACGAGUGUCGUAAGAUGGCACAGCCUUGUGGUGCACGCUAUGGAAGGGGUGACUGAAUCCUGAGUGGGCUGGUUGGCUGGAAUGAAAAGAAUACACUAAAGCCCCAUAUCCUCUACUCCCACUGGCUCAACUUAGCCUAAUCCUCUGACACAUUUUCGUCUGCUUAAAGGGCACAGUGAGAGCUGAAGAGCCUACUCUUCCCGGUGCCCUGCAAGGGCCCUGAUACUGUUGUUGGCAGAAGGACUGGCCCAGCUAGAGUUCAUCUCUGGACAAGGAAAGACUUACUAUACAAGGGCAAGCAUUCUCCCUCCAGGUUAAAUAUCUCUACCGCCUUCAGUUGGUGGCCAGGGACUUUUCCGCAGCCUCCUUCAGAUUGCUUAUGUCUUUGUUCCUAUCUUAGAACUUUGAUUUUAAGCAAAAACAAAAAGAUGAAACAACAAAAGUGACCCCAGAGCAUGGUCUUCUCCUAAGGCCAAAUUCUAGCAGAGGGUGAGAGGGAGAUAAUAAAAGAACCCUCUGGGAACCACACACUAGUGGGGAAACACAGCUUGCACUUGCUUCAAGCUUUUUCAGUGGCUAUCCUGCUAGAUGCUAUAGCAGCAGACAGACAGCUAGCUGUGAUUCUGAGAGUAUCUCUACCCUUCAGCUACGCUCCAUUACCUGUGUGUCUAGAUGUUAUAGCAGCAGACAGCUAGCUGUGGUUCUGAGGGUAUCUCUACCCUUCAGCUAUGUCCCAGUACCUCUGUAUCUCAGACUCUAGUUACCAGCCCCUGAAGGCCCCUCAGCCUCUGUAAGCCUUCCUUACUUGUCAGAAUGGGGAAACACUGGCAAUAGCCUCUAUGAUUUGCUAAACCAUAGAGCUCAACAUCCCAGAACCUUUUCCUGGGAAAAGCGCUGGAUAAGAUGGCAGAGAUCAUCAGUUCUUCUGACAACUCAGGACUGUUUCUCAUUUUGAUAUAUGGUCAGCUGGUAAGCAGGGCCAUGUGUGCGGUGCUGGAGGAAGGCUCUGGAUUUAAAUGCAAUGAUGGAGAUCCCUUUGGGAGGAGGGAGUGGGAGAGGACCAAACAAGAUCUCUGUCCCAGAACACAGCACUUGGAGGGCUCUGGCAGAGUCUCCAAGUGGGAUCAUCCAGUGAUAAUCCACACCAUCCUUGGGCAGAGGGUCUGGGGAUGGGGAGGAAGAUGAAAAGUGACCUCCAGGUUGCUCCGUGUGCAACAUCUUCAUAGCUUUCAUCCAACCAUUUUUCCUUCCCUUCUAACCUCCGGGGGCGGACUCAGAGAAGACAUAGGAUUAACUCUGCUUUGUCACAGUUUGGAGGUAGCAAAGGAAAUGGAAGUCUAGUGGAGAAUAACAGAAGCAACAGCUUCUGACUUCGGAGGCUUCAUACCCACCAGGAGGCUUUUACUUGAGGAAUCUCUUUGAAGUCAUAUGCAUGCUGUAUGAAGUAUCCUGGUCAAAGGCAGCUAUGCCCACUUGGCGUGGUUAAGGAACUGACAUGCAGUGAGGAACUGUAACACUGCCAGAGACACAUGGCAAAGCUGGAGCUAUACUCAGAAUUGUGAAACCUCCUGACUGCCGAUUUAUAGAUUUGGUGCCGUCUCUCAUUAAAACGCCCUUUGUUUCUGCCUUCCUCUACUCGGUACCCAGAAGUGGAAAACAAAGCUGUUGGCUAGAAUCUAGCUACUUUUGCUCCUCUAAGCAGCUACCUGAGGGGUUGGGCUGAGAGGCUGAGCCCUUGACAGGCCUCCAGAGUCACCAUGUGGCUGUGAGUAGGAACAGCACUGAGUCAAAGCCCCAGUCCGCCACCUACCAUCUCUCGGUGGUUGGGAUAGUAUGUCUGCUCGAUGAGUGGGAACUUCUCCCCUCCCAGUGUCUUGAAGAUGUUUACCAUCUGGGCAAACUGCAAAAGACAAGAAAUAAUUUCACUGCAUUUUCAAUUUCUGAACCAGACAAAACAUCAAUUCAUCAAAUAAAUGUAGAGCAUUUUCUCUGUAGAAGACAUUGUGUUCAAUAAACUGGCAAUACCAAGAAAGGUACAUGCAAUUUCAAAGACAUAUGCUUUAGUAGAAGAAGGCAAAGAGAAAGCUAGUAUUCACAGAGGACCUACUUAAUUUUAAUGGUUUUCCCCCAAUCUUUUCAAAUUAACAAGGCUGAGAAGAGGCGGGGAACUUCACCUGAAUCCCAGAGGUGAGGCCAGGGGAGCGGUGUACAUCUAUAAACUCAGCACUCAGUGAGGCAGGAGGAUGAUGAGCCUGAGGCCAGCCUGGGCUACAGAGUGAGCGCCAGGCCAUUGUGCCAGGCUACAUGGUAGAAUAUUGUCUUUAGGAAAGGAAAUCAAUAACAGCUGAAAAGAAGCGAAGCUGGGACCGAAACGUGAACUCUUUAACUCCAAACACAUGCUCUCCUGAGCAACGGAGCAAGACAGAGCUGAAGUGGUAACAUGCCGCGUCUCAGAAGUUCUAGCACCAGGCAAAGAAAUAAAGGACAACCUUCCCGUGCGCUAUACAGAGCCACCAGAGUCUGCACAAGAGGUGACAUGCAUGAGUCUGUUCCUCAGGAAGACUGGAGGAAGGGUCCCAGUGAUCAAACACACUGAUCUAUCUUCAUGGCUCUGCUUUGCUGAAAUUACAGGAGCUAAACUUGGUAGACCCUUUAUAUGUGGCAAAAGGAGAGAAGGCAAGGUUCAGGUACGCACAGCGCUGGGACCGGAAGGAGAGAAGGCAAGGUUCAGGUACGCACAGCGCUGGGACCGGAAGGAGAGAAGGCAAGGUUCAGGUACGCACAGCGCUGGGACCGGAAGGAGAGAAGGCAAGGUUCAGGUACGCACAGCGCUGGGACCGGAAGGAGAGAAGGCAAGGUUCAGAUACGCACAGCGCUGGGACCGGAAGGAGAGAAGGCAAGGUUCAGAUACGCACAGCACUAGGACCGGAAGGCCUCUGGUGCACAUCCAGCACCCCUUGACCUUUCAAAACCAGAGAGGCGCACAGCCCAAGGUCACGCUCUUGAGCACAGUUCUCUGCCAGAGCCUUCAAUCCCUGUCUGUUUUUCUCCUGAGUCCUGUGAGUACCUACCUACUUUUCAGAUUCCACAGAGGCCGUGCACUUCUCGCAGGGAACACAGAUCUUUCCCACCUGGGCCACAUUAACCCACAACGCCCACCCCAGCGCAUGGGCAGUAGCAUCUUCUCUCUAGUGGGGAUCGGUUCAGGUUUCUAACCGCCAAUAGCUUGGUCAGCUACAAGAGGAAGUUGUUGGACUAAGCCUACCCUCCACUUGUCAGAGACAGGAAAGCUAGAGCCUUUCCCCCAAAGCUCAAGUUCCAUUCUCUGCAAGGGAUCUUAGUGUGUGAGCUACUCCGGAAGGGUUAUCAGCAAAGUGGAGUACCCUCGUGUCUUCCUUUUAACUCAGUAGUUGCCUUUGGACAAAAGGCCGCUUCCUCCCAGGCUCCCUCUUCAGAUGUGAGCAGAGAACUGUCGGUUCCUUCAGCGUCUCACACCGUGCAUCAGGAAGAACAUCUUUUACUGCAUUUCCCCACACCCUCCAUCAGACUCUGGUCCUUUCGUGGGGGAGAUUUUAUUAAAAUGCGGGGAAAUGUGGGCCUUUCUGGGCCAUGUCUUCAGGGUGUGGAACUGGCAGCUUCGGAAGUCUAAGACUUUCUUUAGGAUUCAGGAUCUCACACUUGGAAUGGUCUCCACACGGGGUCUGAGGAGACGAGGCUAGGGCAUACCUGGUACUAAAGCCACACUGGCAGAGUGCCCGGGUCUCUUCAUCCCUUGCCCACUGCACCCUCUUUGUUCUCUGUUUACUUCUAACCCCUGGAUCCUUCAGUUUGCUCUGACUGACCCCCAGUCCCUUCUUGCCUUCAUUCCCCAACCCUUCCUCACCUGACCUUUCGGAUCUCUCUGCCCACCUGGACCUGGCUGGAUGCCGCUUCUGUCUGGGCUUCUGAGGCUCUCCAGCAUCCCCAGGGAGUUGAUGCCAGCUCUGCCUAAAGACCUCUGUCCUGCUGCAGCCCACACUCUGGCACAGCACCAGACAUGUGGGGCCCUAUCUUCCCUGUGUGUGGGUGAGUUACACAGACAACCACACCGAUGCCAGGAAGGCCUCCGGCAGACUCCCAGGGCCCUGGGACAGCCAAGACUAAAAUGACAGCCAGUUCCCAGGCUCUAGUUGGGUCCCUGAGAGCCCACUCUACCCUCCCUACCCUAUUCCCUGUCUGAUUAAUGGACUGGACUUGGCAUCAAACCUCUGCCUCCCUGGAAACUCAGAUUAAGUCGCAAGUACACAGUUAGCAAUUAAACAAAGGUAACAUCUGAUAAGGGCUAUUUCCUCUAUGCAGAGCAAAAACCGAAUCUGCGAGCCGGUGUGGGGCUGGUGGCGAACAGAAAGAGGCUCAUUUAAACCAGCCGUCUAAAUGACUCGAGAAGGAAUUCACUAAAGAAAUGGGUUCUUUUUGAAUAUUGUGUUAAUCCUGUCUCUCCUAGCUAUGAAAUCCUUUAGUUUAACCCAGGUCUGUCAAUUUCCAAAUGCUCUAGAAUUCGGCUAUGCUGGAGCAAUCAGGGAUGGUGGCAUUCCUGCUUUCUCUGGACUGCUGUUUUCAUCCAUUUCUCCUGAAACCCCAGUGGCUGCCCUGGCCUGUUCUGGGGACAGCAGCCUUGCUCAGAGUCAUUCUGGUGCAAGGCAUAGCCUUCCCUAGCCCACUGGAUGCCUCUCCCUACAUUAAGAACAAAGAAAUUUAGGGAACACGAGCCAAAGUUGUCCGUGUCAGAGGGACACUCCCCUCGCCGUCACCAAAUGCGUCCACUUCUACUGACAAGCUGAGAACAACAUGUAAAAUGUCAUUUGUGUGGCAGCUGCUUAGUGAGACGCAGGGAGAACUUGGUGUGUGGCCAGCAAGCCCUGUUGUUCCCAUGCAAUGCCAAAGGCGAUGUGCUGGGGUUGUGAAUGGGUGAGAAUGUGACCCCUCACCAGAUCCCAGAUCCUGUGAGGGAUCUUUCUGUUCCUCCCUUCUCUAGCCUCUGCCACAGUUUAGGAAAAGAAAGCAUGGGACCAUGUCCUUUAGGAGGGCUCAAAUAUCAGGGAACUAUAAUAACUACACU